AUGUACAUCAAGCAGGUCAUUAUCCAAGGCUUUCGAAGUUACAGAGAUCAAACGAUUGUGGAUCCCUUCAGUUCAAAACAUAAUGUUAUUGUGGGAAGAAAUGGAUCCGGGAAAAGUAACUUUUUUUAUGCAAUUCAGUUUGUUCUCAGUGAUGAGUUUAGUCAUCUUCGUCCAGAACAACGACUGGCUUUGUUACAUGAGGGUACUGGUCCUCGAGUUAUUUCUGCUUUUGUGGAGAUUAUUUUUGACAAUUCAGACAAUCGGUUACCGAUUGAUAAAGAGGAAGUUUCACUUCGAAGAGUAAUUGGUGCCAAAAAGGAUCAGUAUUUUUUAGACAAGAAAAUGGUCACGAAAAAUGACGUGAUGAACCUCCUUGAAAGUGCUGGGUUUUCUCGAAGCAAUCCUUAUUAUAUUGUUAAACAAGGAAAGAUCAAUCAGAUGGCAACAGCACCAGAUUCUCAGAGACUAAAGCUACUAAGAGAAGUUGCUGGUACUCGAGUAUAUGAUGAGCGAAAAGAAGAAAGCAUCUCCUUAAUGAAAGAAACAGAGGGCAAGCGGGAAAAAAUCAAUGAGUUGUUAAAAUACAUUGAAGAGAGAUUACAUACUUUAGAGGAAGAAAAGGAAGAAUUAGCUCAGUAUCAGAAGUGGGAUAAAAUGAGAAGAGCCCUGGAAUACACCAUUUAUAAUCAAGAACUGAAUGAGACUCGUGCGAAACUUGAUGAGCUUUCUGCUAAGAGAGAGACUAGUGGAGAAAAAUCCAGACAAUUAAGAGAUGCCCAGCAGGAUGCCAGGGAUAAAAUGGAGGAUAUUGAACGCCAGGUUCGAGAACUGAAAACAAAAAUUUCAGCUAUGAAAGAGGAAAAGGAGCAGCUCAGUGCUGAACGACAAGAGCAAAUUAAGCAGAGAACUAAAUUGGAGCUUAAAGCCAAGGAUUUGCAAGAUGAAUUGGCAGGCAAUAGCGAGCAAAGGAAACGCUUAUUAAAGGAAAGGCAGAAGCUUCUUGAAAAAAUAGAAGAAAAGCAGAAAGAACUGGCAGAAACAGAACCUAAAUUCAACAGUGUGAAAGAAAAAGAAGAGCGAGGCAUUGCUAGAUUGGCCCAAGCUACCCAGGAAAGAACAGAUCUUUAUGCAAAGCAGGGUCGAGGAAGCCAAUUUACUUCAAAAGAAGAAAGGGAUAAAUGGAUUAAAAAGGAGCUCAAAUCCUUAGAUCAGGCUAUAAAUGACAAGAAGAGACAAAUUGCUGCCAUACAUAAAGAUUUGGAGGACACUGAAGCAAAUAAAGAAAAAAAUCUGGAACAAUAUAAUAAAUUGGAUCAGGAUCUUAAUGAAGUGAAAGCUCGAGUGGAAGAACUGGACAGAAAAUACUAUGAAGUGAAAAACAAGAAAGAUGAAUUACAAAGUGAAAGAAAUUAUUUGUGGAGAGAAGAGAAUGCAGAACAACAAGCUCUUGCUGCUAAAAGAGAAGAUCUUGAGAAGAAGCAGCAACUUCUUAGAGCGGCAACAGGGAAGGCCAUUUUAAACGGAAUAGACAGCAUAAACAAAGUCCUGGACCAUUUUCGUCGAAAAGGAAUAAACCAGCAUGUUCAAAAUGGCUAUCAUGGCAUUGUGAUGAAUAACUUUGAAUGUGAGCCAGCUUUCUACACUUGUGUGGAAGUUACUGCUGGGAACAGGUUAUUUUAUCAUAUUGUUGAUUCAGAUGAAGUCAGCACAAAGAUUUUAAUGGAAUUUAAUAAAAUGAAUCUUCCUGGAGAGGUAACUUUCCUGCCACUCAACAAGUUGGAUGUCAGGGAUACCGCCUAUCCUGAAACUAAUGAUGCUAUUCCUAUGAUCAGUAAACUGAGGUACAAUCCCAGAUUUGACAAAGCUUUCAAACAUGUUUUUGGGAAAACACUAAUUUGCCGUAGCAUGGAAGUUUCAACUCAGCUGGCCCGUGCUUUCACCAUGGACUGCAUUACUCUAGAAGGUGACCAAGUUAGUCAUCGCGGUGCUCUGACAGGAGGGUAUUACGACACCAGGAAGUCUAGACUUGAAUUACAGAAAGAUGUUAGGAAAGCAGAAGAAGAACUCGGUGACCUUGAAGCAAAGCUCAAUGAAAACCUGCGUAGAAAUAUUGAAAGGAUUAAUAAUGAAAUUGAUCAGCUGAUGAACCAAAUGCAGCAGAUAGAGACUCAACAAAGGAAAUUUAAAGCAUCCCGAGAUAGUAUCUUAUCAGAAAUGAAGAUGCUGAAAGAAAAGAGGCAACAGUCAGAGAAAACCUUUAUGCCUAAGCAACGGAGCUUGCAAAGUUUGGAGGCAAGUCUGCAUGCUAUGGAGUCUACACGAGAAUCAUUAAAAGCAGAACUGGGAACAGAUUUGCUUUCUCAGCUUAGUCUAGAAGAUCAGAAGAGAGUAGAUGCACUAAAUGAUGAGAUUCGUCAGCUUCAGCAGGAAAACAGACAGUUGCUGAAUGAACGAAUUAAAUUAGAAGGUAUUAUCACUCGAGUAGAAACAUACCUCAAUGAGAAUCUGAGAAAACGCUUAGACCAAGUCGAACAGGAACUUAAUGAACUGAGAGAAACAGAAGGGGGAACCGUACUCACUGCCACAACAUCAGAACUUGAAGCCAUCAAUAAGAGAGUCAAAGAUACUAUGGCACGGUCAGAGGACCUAGACAAUUCUAUUGAUAAAACAGAAGCAGGCAUUAAGGAGCUUCAGAAAAGUAUGGAGCGCUGGAAAAACAUGGAAAAAGAGCACAUGGAUGCUAUAAACCAUGAUACUAAAGAACUAGAAAAAAUGACAAAUCGACAAGGCAUGCUGCUGAAGAAGAAAGAAGAGUGUAUGAAAAAAAUCCGAGAGCUUGGAUCACUUCCCCAAGAAGCAUUUGAAAAAUACCAGACACUGAGCCUCAAACAGUUGUUUAGAAAACUUGAACAGUGCAACACAGAGUUGAAGAAGUACAGCCAUGUUAACAAAAAAGCUUUGGACCAGUUUGUAAAUUUCUCUGAGCAGAAAGAAAAGUUAAUAAAGCGGCAAGAAGAGUUAGAUAGGGGGUACAAAUCAAUCAUGGAAUUAAUGAAUGUACUUGAACUCCGAAAAUAUGAAGCUAUUCAGUUAACUUUCAAACAGGUAUCAAAGAACUUCAGUGAAGUAUUCCAGAAGUUGGUACCUGGUGGCAAAGCUACUUUGGUGAUGAAGAAAGGAGAUGUGGAGGGCAGUCAGUCCCAGGAUGAAGGAGAAGGGAGUGGUGAAAGUGAGAGGGGUUCUGGAUCACAGAGCAGUGUCCCAUCAGUUGACCAGUUCACUGGAGUUGGAAUUAGGGUGUCAUUUACAGGGAAACAGGGUGAAAUGAGAGAAAUGCAACAGCUUUCAGGUGGACAGAAGUCUUUGGUGGCUCUUGCUCUGAUUUUUGCAAUUCAGAAAUGUGACCCAGCUCCUUUCUAUUUGUUUGAUGAGAUUGACCAGGCUCUUGAUGCUCAGCACAGAAAAGCUGUGUCAGAUAUGAUUAUGGAACUUGCUGUACAUGCUCAGUUCAUUACAACCACAUUUAGGCCUGAACUGCUAGAGUCAGCUGACAAGUUCUAUGGUGUAAAGUUCAGAAACAAGGUUAGUCAUAUUGAUGUGAUCACAGCAGAGAUGGCCAAAGAUUUUGUAGAAGAUGAUACCACUCAUGGUUGA